UUUUUUUUUAAUAAUUUUCAAUGAAAACUUAAUAUAAAAUGGCACUAUCAGGAGACUUAGCAUAUAAAUUAGCUAAAGAAAUAAAACGUACAUCUGAUCUUUUCAUUUCACCUUAUAAUGAUGAUCUUGUGCAAAACAUUUGCAGAGAAAUUCGCUUUUUACACAACAAAGCAAAAGAAACAGUGAAUGCAAUGAAAGAAGAUCCUACAAGACAAGCCAUGCAAGAUCCAAGUAAUAUAUCACAAGUCAUGCUAUAUCAUUUAGCAGUGAAGCGUAAUAAACGUGUGCUAUUCGCUUAUAAUCGAUAUCGAACAAGUAAACUAAAAGAUAUUUUAUGGAAUGUUGGUUUAUAUUCAAAAUAUAAAAGACAGAUUCUGGCUAGUUUAGGCCCGACAGAACAACAGUUUUUAGAAGAAUAUGGAGAAAUGGUCAACACAUAUAAACAAAGCUUUUUAGAAGUUGAUUUAGGUGGUCCUGGAGGUGCAGGCUUAGAACCGCCUAUGGAUUUAUUUAUUGAAGUACGAGUCAUACGUGAUGCAGGAGAAAUUAAUACUGAGUACGGCUCUUUAAAUCUCUCAAAGGGGAAUCAAUUUUAUGUAAAAAGAACGGAUGUUGAGUCAUUGAUUAAAGCUGGAUAUCUUAUUCAUGUGUAGGAAAUAAUAAUAAAAAAAAAAAGGUAUUUGUAAAGUUAUUAUUAUUAUUAUUAUUAUUACUAUUAUUAUACAUCCUUUUUUUUUUCUGCUGCC